CCCUUGGAUUGUUUACGAAAUGCGUGCACAUGUGUCCAGAAUACUCUUGCAUGUGAUUUCCUCUAGAUUCUUGUAACAUCAAUCAUGGCCUCUCCCCCACCAGAUCCUAGCUUCAUCUUGCGAGGCGCCAGCAGCCCUAUCACCAGCCUGGCUUUCUCCACACCACAGACUCUCUACAGUGGCACCCUGGAUGGGAAGGUGUUGCAGUGGAGUUUAGAUACAAGGCGUGUUCAGUCCACGGUUGACGAUCACGCUGGUCACACUGUCCUGUGGGUGUGUCCCCUGUCGGAGGAGUGUCUGCUGAGUCAGGGGAGAGAUGGUUUUGUCAAGUCUUGGCAGUAUGGAGAUGGGUCCUUAACAAACACAGGCCAUAUGCGUUGUGCUACAAUGGGCUUCUGUGGGAGUAGUGUUGUCCUCCGCAACAACUCGCAACUCGUCGCUACACCCAGUGAAGCAGCUUCACAAGUGGACGUCUACGACAUCCAUACCAAGCACUGUGUGAUGUCUCUCAAACCUGACUGCAGCAGCCAGAAGGUCGGCAUAUGCAUGUCAAUCAAAACUGCCAGCCAAUCUGAAGGCAACCAAAUUUUGAUUGGAUAUGAAAAUGGAAGUAUAACUCUAUGGGAUUUACGAACACAGAAAUGUGCCAGCACUUUAGAUAGACUGCAUGGGGACUCUGUUAUGUGCAUGGGCUUCUCGGCCAACUCUAGGAAAGGUAUUUCUGGAUCUGUGGACAAGAAGCUGAUCUGCUGGUCAGUUGAUGCUGAGAGCCAUCUUGAGAAGACUAGUGAGCUGGACAUAACCAAUCCAGGCCUCAAUGACAUAGUUGUGCGAACUGAUGAAAAGAUAGUUGCUUGUGCAGGAUGGGACAAUAAUAUUCGUCUGUUCAGCUGGAAGAAGAUAAAGCCUCUGGCUGUUUUGUCUUAUCACCGUGAUAGUGCUCAAUGCCUUGCAUUUUCACAGGACAAUCUGUUAGCCUGUGGUUCUAAAGAUCAACUGAUCUCAGUGUGGGAUAUCUACAGAUGAGGGAGUGAUUUGGAGUUUGAUCUCUGUGGUGAGUUCGGCACAUGCAUAGCUGGUCACAAAUCAGGUGAAGUUAUGUAACACUGAUUGUGAGAGAAGUUGGAUUGGUGGUCUUGUUCGGCAGCUUGACUGCUGGCAGUUUUAAAUGCUUCAUUCCUGCCCCACACUGAGAGUUCAUGUAGCAGAUGUGGUGUCCACUGUUCAAAUAUGGCUCCCUUCACACAGCUGUGAAGGGGUACCCGGUAGGAGAGGAUUGUAACUUAACACUCCACAGGCAGUUUGGGUUGGAUCCUUCCCAGGGAGCUGAGCCAGACUAAUGAGAAUCCUGCAUUGACUGGGUGCACUUCAAGCAUGAUAUCACCCGUGAACAUCCGGGUUAGGAUUGGUCUUCAGCAACCCAUGCUUGUCGUAAGAGGCGACUAAAGGGAUUGGGUGGUCAGGCUCUCUGACUUGC